CUCCCGUUCUAGUUUCUAUUGUCCUCUUCAAAUCGCGCAUUCAUCAACACACCUGCAUACUAACAUAUUGAUUUGAGUUCCUAGGGAUAUUUGGCGGGGGUUGUUUAGAAUUGUGCGAUGGGUGUUCCCGCAUUUUACCGGUGGCUAGCCGAGAAGUAUUCACUGGUGGUGGUGGAUGUGAUCGAGGAAGAGCCGGUGGUUAUCGAAGAUGUCAAAAUUCCGGUGGAUACCAGCAAACCCAACCCUAACAAUAUCGAAUUCGAUAAUCUCUAUCUCGAUAUGAAUGGCAUUAUCCACCCAUGUUUCCACCCAGAAGACCGACCAUCCCCUACUACUUUUGAGGAGGUGUUCCGGUGCAUGUUUGAUUAUAUAGAUAGGCUCUUUGUAAUGGUGCGCCCUCGAAAGCUGUUGUACAUGGCCAUUGAUGGUGUUGCUCCAAGAGCGAAAAUGAAUCAGCAGAGGUCUAGGCGUUUUAGAGCAGCAAAAGAUGCAGCCGAUGCGGCAGCUGAAGAGGAGAGGCUGCGUGAGGAAUUCGAGAAGGAGGGUAGAAAGCUCCCUCCCAAGCAGGAAUCACAAACUUUUGAUUCAAAUGUCAUCACUCCUGGAACUCCGUUCAUGGAGACUCUGUCAAUUGCACUCCAGUACUACAUCCAUCUCAGGCUAAACCAUGAUCCUGGAUGGAGAAACAUUAAGGUUAUACUUUCUGAUGCCAAUAUUCCUGGUGAAGGGGAACACAAAAUUAUGUCCUACAUUCGUCUGCAAAGGAACCUUCAGGGUUAUGACCCUAAUACACACCAUUGCCUGUAUGGCUUGGAUGCAGAUCUAAUCAUGUUGGCAUUGGCCACUCACGAAGUUCACUUUUCUAUACUUAGAGAGGUUGUAUUCACUCCUGGUCAGCAAGACAAAUGUUUUCUAUGCGGCCAAAUGGGCCACAUGGCUGCAGAUUGUGAAGGAAAAGCCAAGAGAAAAGCUGGAGAGUUUGAUGAAAAAGGUGAUGUGGAAGUGGUGGCGAAAAAGCCUUAUCAGUUUCUCAAUAUUUGGACCCUGAGAGAGUACUUGGAGUAUGAAUUCAGAAUUCCAAACCCUCCUUUCGAGAUUGAUUUUGAGCGUAUUGUUGAUGAUUUUAUAUUCAUGUGUUUCUUUGUUGGGAAUGAUUUUCUACCACAUAUGCCCACACUAGAGAUUCGCGAGGGUGCAAUAAACUUGCUGAUGUGUGUUUACAAAAAGGAGUUUAAUUCCCUGGGAGGAUAUUUGACUGAUGCCAGCAAGCCAAACCUUGGCAGGGUAGAACAUUUUAUACAGGCUGUGGGGUCAUUUGAAGACAAAAUAUUCCAAAAAAGAGCACGCUUGCAUCAGAGGCAAGCUGAAAGAAUCAAGCGUGAAAAAACACAAAAAAGACGAGAUGAGUUGGUGCCCGAAUCUGAACCGGAAUCUUUGGUUCCAGUUGCUCGGUUCCAUGGUUCUCGUCUUGCAUCUGGUCCCACACCUUCUCCACAUCAACAUAGGGCACAAUCUGAUCAUUUUAGGCGUGAUAACAAGAAUGAACAAUCUGUUAAUUUUCAUGGCGGUCGUAACGGUAACCGUGCUACAAAAGUUGCACGCUUAACAUCUGGGGCCACAAUAGGAGCUGCAAUUGUUGAAGCUGAGCGUAGUCUUGAAACCGAAGUUGAUGAUGCCAAAGAUGAACUGAAAACCAAGCUUAAAGAGCUACUUCGUGAAAAGAAUGAUGUUUUCAACUCAGAAAAUCCAGAAGAAGACAAGGUCAAGCUAGGAGAGCCUGGUUGGAAAGAGAGGUAUUAUGAUGAAAAGUUCUCUGCAAAAACACCCGAGGAAAUGGAUCGGAUACGAAAGGACGUCGUUUUGAAAUACACAGAAGGCUUGUGCUGGGUUAUGCACUAUUAUUAUGAAGGAGUUUGUUCCUGGCAGUGGUUUUAUCCUUAUCAUUAUGCACCUUUCGCUUCGGAUUUAAAGGAUCUCACAGGACUGAAUAUCAGCUUCACAUUAGGAUCCCCAUUUAAACCAUUCAACCAACUGCUGGGUGUAUUUCCCGCUGCAAGUUCACAUGCGCUUCCUGAGCAGUACCGGAAAUUGAUGACAGACCCAAACUCGCCUAUCAUUGAUUUUUAUCCCACUGAUUUUGAAGUGGACAUGAAUGGAAAGCGGUAUUCAUGGCAGGGCAUUGCAAAACUACCAUUCAUUGAUGAGGCCCGGCUCCUUGCAGAAGUUGCAAAGAUUGAGCAUACAUUAACGGAUGAAGAAGUACGAAGAAACAGUGUGAUGUUUGAUAUGCUAUUCAUAUCGUUAUCUCAUCCUCUAUCUCCAUACAUCUUUUCUCUUGACAAUCGCUGCAAACAGUUAACAGACAAGGAAAAGGUGGAAGUAAAGGAGAUAAUUGACCCAGGAGCAAGUGGCGGGAUGAAUGGUUUUAUAUCCCUUUGUGCGGGAGAUCCUUGCCCUACAAUUUUCAGAUCACCUCUUCAAGGCAUGGAAGAUAUUAUGGAUAACCAAGUCAUAUGUGCAAUAUACAGGCUUCCAGAUGCUCAUAAGCACAUUACUCGACCUCCAAGAGGGGUUAUUUUCCCCAAAAAGACUGUGGGGUUUGGUGAUGUGAAACCUGAUCCUGUACUUUGGCAUGAGGAUUCCGGAAGGAGACAUUCGGAUAAUGGAAGACACAAUAUUCCAGGAGCUAUACGUGAUCGACAACUUGCAGAUGCUGCACAUCGGCUUGUAGCUAAUAGUUUACAGAUAAAAGGAGGCAGUGGUAGGGGUGAGUAUGUCGAUCAUAGAUAUUCACUACCACCUACAUCCUACCCGGGUGUAUAUGGUCCACCUCUGCAAUACCCCUACCAAUCAGACAUAUAUAAUAAUGGUCACGAACACACCUGGGUUGGACCUAGUUCAAGCUAUUCAAAUCCAACACCCUUGCAAGACCCAUAUUAUCCUCAUCAUUUGGCUGGGUCCCACAGGGGGUUCGUCCCUCAUCACGAAAGGGAUUAUCAUCAUAGACCGAGAGGAGGGUAUUAUGCCCCAGGUGGCGUAGACCCUUAUCGUUCACAUGUGAACCCGCAUCCCUUCCAUCCAAGCCCUCAUAUACCACCACCACCACCACACCAAAGUGAAUACUACAGCAAUGCAAACUAUCAACCUUAUGAUCCAUGGGUAGGCGGUGGGGUAUCCCCACACCAGAGCAACCCAAGGGAUGAUAGUAGAGGAGGAUAUAGUAAUAAACGCACGCACAAUUCCAUUAAUCGAUAUGCACCUUUAAGUAGGGGUUCAAAUAGACAACCUCCACCUGACUAUCGACACUAGAUGAGUGCAGUCCUUUUUUUUCUUAGCUUUGAGGAUCUCAGCUAACUUUACAGUCUGUAGUUGGGUGUUAUACAAAAAAUUCUAUGUUGUCUAUGUUGACACUUGUAUCCAGAGUACCAAACGCAGUAACCAAACUCAUGCGGGUCCCAUUUGAGAAUAGUGAGACCCACAUAAGUUUGUUUCUAUAUUUGGUCAUGUGAGCACAUCGAAGUGUGUCGUAUUGGCUCCUCGGGAGAACUUGGUGUUCCUCUUGCUCUACCCAAACGUAUACGAACCCAUUGUGAAAGGAAUAUGGAGCAAGCCAAAGCAGAAGUGAUCUUUAUCGUGUUGCUUCAUGCUAUUACAAGUAUAAUCUAUAUCUUCUGCUUGACUUUGUAAUUGUAUCAUAGUGUGUUGUUUUUAAAUCAGUUAUAUACAUUCUUUUUUUUUCGUGUUGUUAAAUUAAGUUUACUUACUGUAGUAAAAAGCUGGGUUAUUUGUUUAAGAAAAGUAUUUGUAGUGUUGGAUGAUGAGUUACUUUGAACCAGAUGUUGGGUGUUGCAUGAUGAGCAAAACUUGCUACCCUCUUGUUGUAAACUUGUUCUGUUUUAUUUUGUUCUUUGGUGGGUUUCCAAUACAAGAGAUGUCUUUUA